CACUAAAUUUGGUAAUACUAUAAAUCUGUAUUGGGAACAGUAAUCAGUAGCGACUGGUGAAAAUUUGAUUUGAUCCUGCGCUGCUCGAACGUUGGGCUCUAGUUUACGAGCAAUCAAAAUCAUGGACCGGUGGUCGCGCGUUUUGAAGAUUCCGUUGGAUGCUAGUUCUAGCAACUAUUACAGAGUAGCAGCAUCUCUUUGCCUUUCUUCUUCUUCUUCUUCCAAAAUACUAGCUCAGGCGCCUUCUGCAAAUGCGAUAUUCUUUCAUGGGGACAGAGUUCGAGAGACAGGGAAUCAUGUGAUUGAGAGACUCUAUGAUUUGCAGAAAGUAGCUGAGAUCAUAGUUUCUAAGUUCGGGGACUCUGUUAAUGCUUGGAUUGUUGAGGCGUCUCUGUAUAACGGGCCGUUUGCGAUCUUCAAGGACUUUGUUCCAUCAGUGAAUCGGUGGGGAGAACCAAAAUCAUAUUCCUCUAUUGGCUUCCCAGCUUCUUCAUCAAUCGUUUCCCUCUUAUCCAAUUGCCUUCAUGAGGCAGAGAGUCUCAUUUUGAAGGAAGGUAAAGAAGUGAGUUUGAUAAAUCACUGUCCAAGAACAAUUGUUCUCGGGUUUAGCAAAGGUGGAGUUGUGAUUAACCAGCUCCUGAGUGAGAUCAGUUCCUUGGAUGAUCAUACAAACUUUGCUGAAACUUCAUCUGCAAUCCAAGAAAAACCUAUGGUGAAAGAAUCAACGAGCAAGCAUGAAGCGAUUCAGAUCAUCCCAGCCUCCAACGAAAGCUUCCUCAACAGCAUCUCUCAAGUUCAUUAUAUCGAUGUAGGCCUCAACUCUUUCGGCGCCUACAUCACUGAUCACAACGUCGUGCAGAGAAUCUCCCAACGCCUUGCACGAGGAGCAAGCCCGAUACGCAUCUUCCUUCAUGGAACACCAAGGCAGUGGCGUGAUGAACAUCGUGGCUGGAUUCUCAAGGAAAAAGAUGAGCUGCUUCGGCUGCUCAAAGCCGAAGCUGAAAAUUCCGAGCACUGAGCUCGUAGUUUGUAUUAAGAUGAAGAAGAAGAUGAUGCAACACGAGCGAGAAACUCAACCGUUAUGGCUUCCAUUUGAGAGAAAAUGCUUUGACUUUCUCCAGCAAAGCCCUCGACUUGGCAGAUUCUCUCUUCUUCAAAUCCAUGCUUUCAUGCUUCGGCACGCCAUAGAUACCAAUGUUCAAAUCUUCACCAAAUUCUUGGUCGUUUCCGCGUCGGCUGUUGGGAUUACUCACGCACGUAAGUUGUUCGAUCAAAGGCCUCAGAGAGAAGACAGUUUCCUCUGUAACUCCAUGAUCAAGGCCUAUCUCGAUACUCGUCAGUAUCCUGAUUCGUUUGCCCUUUACAGAGAUCUUAGAAAGGAGACGUGUUUUGCUCCUGACAAUUUCACCUUCACGACGUUGACCAAGUCCUGUACUUUGAGUAUGUGUGUUUACCAAGGUUUACAGUUGCAUGGCCAGAUUUGGAGAUCUGGGUUUUGUGCAGAUAUGUAUGUUUCGACCGGAGUUGUUGAUAUGUACGCCAAGUUCGGGAAGAUGGGAUGUGCGAGGAAUGUUUUCGAUGAAAUGCCUCAGAGAAGUGAGGUUUCUUGGACGGCUCUAAUCUGUGGGUAUGCUAGGUGUGGGGAGCUACAGGUAGCGAGUAAGCUCUUUGACGAGAUGCCUCAAGUUAAGGACGUUGUGAUAUGUAACGCAAUGAUGGAUGGUUAUGUUAAAUCUGGUGACAUGACCUCUGCGAGAAGAUUGUUUGAUGAGAUGACAGAUAAAACUGUCAUCACUUGGACCACUAUGAUUCGUGGUUACUGCAACAACAGAGACAUCGAAUCCGCUAGGGAACUGUUUGAUGCUAUGCCACAAAGGAACCUAGUUUCUUGGAAUACAAUGAUAGGAGGAUACUGUCAGAAUAAACAACCCCAAGAAGCUAUAAGGCUGUUUCAGGAAAUGCAGGCAACCACCUCGCUAGAGCCAGACGAUGUGACUGUUGUGAGUGUGCUACCAGCUAUUUCUGACACAGGUGCUCUCAGUCUGGGUGAAUGGUGUCACCAUUUUGUGCAGAGGAAAAAGCUCGAUAAGAUGGUGAAAGUUUGUACAGCAAUUCUUGAUAUGUACUCGAAGUGCGGGGAGAUAGAGAAGGCGAGAAAAAUCUUUGAUGAGAUGCCAGAGAAAGAAGUAGCGUCUUGGAAUGCGAUGAUACAUGGGUCCGCACUGAAUGGGAACGCACGUGCAGCUUUGGAUCUAUUCUUGGCAAUGCUAAAAGAGGUAAAGCCAGAUGAGGUCACAAUGCUCGCGGUUCUCUCAGCUUGUAACCAUGGUGGAUUAGUGGAGAAAGGAAGAAAAUGGUUCCGCGUGAUGGAAGAGUUUGGCCUGAUUGCUAAGAUUGAACACUAUGGCUGUAUGGUUGAUCUACUAGGCAGGGCGGGACACCUAAAAGAAGCAGAGGAUGUGAUUACAAACAUGCCUUUUGUGCCAAACGGUAUAAUUCUAAGCUCUUUCCUGUCUGCGUGUGGUCAAUACAAGGAUAUAGAAAGAGCUGAGAGAAUUCUGAACAAGGCAGUCGAGCUGGAGCCUCAGAAUGAUGGGAAUUAUGUUCUGCUGAGGAACUUGUAUGCUGCAGAUAAAAGAUGGGACGAUGUUGGGAUGGUGAAACGAAUGAUGAAGAAGAACGAAGCCAAGAAAGAGGUCGGAUGUAGCACCAUUGAGAUAAAUUCUAUUGUUUCGGAGUUUAUAUCAGGAGAUACAACACAUCCUCAUCGGCGAAACAUACAUUUGGUUCUCGGGAAGGUGCUUAUGCACAUGAAAGACGAGGAAACCAACUGGUGAAAGCCAAUCACAGUAUUCGUUUUGGGACAUCAUAUGCAUGGGAGUGAGCAGCAGCAUUCUUAAGAAUGUUCCGACCAACGACUUAGAGAACCAAGAAUGUUCAGACCAACGACUCAGAGAACCAAGAAUGUUCAGACCAACGACUCAGAGAACCAAGAAUGUUCAGACCAACGACU